AUGACAGAAGCGAAGCUGUCUCGUCUUCAUAAAAAGUUCCCAUCUUGUGAUACAGAGUGCUUGCUAGAUAUCCUGGUGAGUUGUGAUGGCUCUUGUGAAAAGGUGGAAGCAAUGCUAGGUUGCGACCCCAGCUUAACAGAGGCGUUUUCAAAUAGGAGCGUUAAGAGGGCGAAAACUCAGCAAACGCUUGGCCCGCUUCUGGGCUCAAAUUUACAGACUAGACGCGCUCUGCGCGAACAAAAGACACUAAGCCCUAUAUCGCUAUUCACAAAGGAAGAGAUCGAACAGGUCAUUCCGUAUUGUACUUAUCACACUCAAGUAUUACCCUCGCAUUUGGCCGAAUCGAUACUCCGACAUGUCAUGAACGACAAAGGCGCAAAACCGAACGAGUUCUACUUGUUUGGCAAUAAAUGUACCUCAACUCAUCGGACGCGAAUAUACUUUUCAACACCACCUUCUGAUGUGUAUCAUUACUCUGGCAAAACGGUUACGGAUACGGCCGCUUGUACUGACGAGAUGGUCAUGGCACAGAUUCUGAUCGAGGAUCUGGUAAAUAAUGCUCUCAAAGAUCGACAAGUUCUUCGAUAUCAAGUGAAGCCAGGUUCAUGGAAUGUGCAAACAAUUUUAGCCAAUGUUUAUGAAAAAGAAAGUGAUUUGGAUUGGCAUUCAGACAGACUCACGAGACUUGGUCCCCAUGCUAUCAUCGCAUCGCUUUCAUUAGGGUUUUCUAGAGAGUUCAGGGUUCGACGAGUUUCCCCUCCAAACUCACAGGUAUACUCAAUAAAACCUGCGCACAAUUCCCUUAUUAUAAUGCACGCUGGCUUUCAGGAAGAAUUUAAGCAUUGUGUUCCUCAUCUUUCAAAAAAGCAAGCUAUCGCAGCCGAGGACCUUCAUCCAAUCUCGGGUGCAGUUAGGGUAAAUUUGACGCUGAGAGAUCAAGUUUUACAAUUCUCUCCGAAAUGCAAAAGAUGUGGGUAUCCGAUGGACCUUAGGAGAACGUUCAAACGCGCUGAGAACAGAGGAAAAUAUAUAUGGCAGUGUAGUAGAAGCUACACCGAGGAAAGCAAAUUAGGCCACGAAUGUAACGGAAUGAGCUUUGCUAAUUUUGACAAUAAAACGCUCCAAACCGAUAAAGAGUCAGAGUGCGCACAUUGGCUUGCAUCUGACGAUGAGGAGGCGAGAUUCGAGCAGAACAGAGGAGUCAGAAACCCCCCAAAUUAG